AUGCAAGAAGAAUAUUAUGAUGAAGACGGAUUUAAACUGCAUUUCGAAGAGGAUGUCCCGCUCCUCGAACGGCAGUUCUACUUGCGGGCCUUUCCGAACGUUAGUAAAAUCGCCGACCGAAAGGUCCACUGCACGGCAUGCCAUACCCACAUCGGAACGGCGCCGGUUUCCGAGGCCAUCAUCCGGAUGCAUCCCGUGUUGAAGGUUACGCACUGCCGAUCGUGCCACGCGUUCUACAGCAGCGGAGAGUUCGAUAAGGGAGAGGAUGGCAGUGAACUGUACUGUCGCUGGUGCGGCCAGGGAGGAGAAGUGUACUGCUGCUCGAAAUGUCCGUACGUGUUCUGCAAGAGUUGCAUCGUGCAGAACCUAUCCCGGGUGUGCGUGCAAGAUAUAGCGCGAAAUGAGAACUGGCAUUGUUUCGGUUGCGCCCCGAGGAUCGUGUGGCAUAUGCGAGCCCAGCACUGGGCCCUAAUGAACUACAUCAACAAGCAGAAAAAGAUGAUCAAAAGUAAGAACCUUUCUGCCAUCGGCAUUCAGCAACUGAUGAAGCAGGACAACACCGUGUGCUGCUCGACGAGGGUGCUCAACAAGCGGCCGGGAAAGAAAGCCGUGACGUACGGCGGGCCUCGCACGAACAUCAGACUGGUAAACGAAGACUUCUCCGAUGACUCGUCGUCCAACGACGACCCUGAAGCUUCGACCAGUGCGGCCUGUUCGUCCAGCAAACCGAUGGUUACCAUACCGGCUGGGGAGCAGAAACUGCUGAAUGUGUCGCUACCUCGGAUUGAAGUGGCCACUACGCCGCAAAUCAAAAAGGUUAGCAUCCCGUCGGACAGACCGAGCCAACAGUCGGGUCAGCAGCAGCAGCAGCCGCAAAGACACCAACAGGAAGCGUACCAGGCGCAGCAACAAUUGCAGCAGAUAGCGCAGCAAAAGCAGGACGCACGGCGCUGGACCUCUGUUCAGCGGAACGAAAGCGGCUCUCUCUCGACCCAGCCCCCCGCCAAAAGGCCGAGAAUGAGCAACGACUCCGAAGUCGUCUGCACACCAGACAUCGCGGGAAUUCUCACACCUGCGGAGGAUCCCAAAUCGUCGGCAACACCGCCCGGUCUGCAGCAGCACCACCAACAGCAGAACCAGCAGGGCCAGUCAAACCAAAUGUUCAUCAACAAUUCUCGAAUGAUCCCAACGUCGCCAUCGCCCUCGUCGCCACCGUCGUCGUCAUCGUCAAUGGCCGCGCAUAAGGUUCCCGUCCCAGCGGGAGGCAUACGCUUCCAAGUGCCGCAACCAGUCUCAGUGCGAAUGACGUCCACCGGGCAACCGAACGGCGGCCAGCGACAUGCCGCGGCACCGUUGGUACAGAAGGUGCGAAAAUUGGUGCCGGCGUCGAGCAUGUCGGGUGGUAAAGGUAUGCCCCCUGCGCCUGUCUACCAUACGAUCAACGGCUUUCGUGUCGAUCUGAGCACAGCCUCCCAGCAGAACACGUUCCGUCUGCCGAACGGGAAGCUUAUUCAGGUGCGAAAGCAGGGAAGCAGUAGCUACAGCAACAAGCAGCCGCCGGAACGGAUAAAUGGAGAAGUGGUCACGAGCACAACGGCGGCCACACCGCAUGAGCUACCGAUGACGUUGCCCAGGGCAAACUCAAACGGCCUUACCACGGCUGACAAUUACACCGUAACGUCGGUUUCUUCCAACGGCAAUCUGUUGGUGUCCACUGCCAACUUUCGACCCCCAAUGGCCCUGCUACCCAUGCAGCGAGCCCCUGCGGUCCCUCAGGGUAACCAGCAGCUGCGGUCAGCAGGACAGCAGCUAGGGCGUCCAAUAUUGCCACGUCCACCGGGUGCUGGGCUGCCCGGGCAGCCACUAACGGGAAAUCAUGCCGCGUACUUCCGAAAUCAAACGUUCAGCAUCGUUCCGCAACCAACCGGCAACCCGGAUGUGGAGCUUCAGCCCCAGCACCAGCAGCAGCAGCAGCAGCUGCAACCCCAGCCAGAGCAGCUGCAGCAGCAAGUGCAAGUGUCCAACAACAUUCCGUCGGAACAUUUAAUUCCGAUCCUUUCGACGAUGGCCCGUGCACCGGCUUCUGCUCCCGUUGCUGCCGCUGCCGCUGCCGGGAACUACGGCACAACGGGUUCCGCACAACCGUCCCUGUUGAGCACACUGCGCACGAUGGUAAACGGUCCCCACGAGGACACAGCACUGGGGAUUGCGCGGCAAGAGUACGAGUCCAAGCUGCUGCUCGGGGCGGAGAUAUGCAACCAGAUCGUCACCAAAAUCGGUUCCCUGAUCAACUCGAACUCGUUCAAGUACAUUCGCAACCUGUGCGACCUGAAGGAACUGUACAUCCACCUGUCCUACCUGCUCAAGUAUGGUAUGGGUCGGCUGCAGGUGCUGCAGGACCGGUGUGUCGACGACGUGAAGAGCAUGGGCUUCGACAAGCCGUCCGACUUCGUAAUGGUGGGCGAGAUCCGCAACCGCAACCCGGAGGACGACAAGAGCGGCGACGAGGACGACUGCGAGAUCAUCGAGCAGAACACGACCGUCAUCGAGGUCGACUCGGACGACGAAGACGGAGGGACGGAACCGCAACAAAAGUCACCUGAAGACGACGGGGCCAGUGGCGCCCAGCAACCGCCAACGCCGGCCGAAGGGAAUGUGGCCUUGCAGUUCGAAGUCGUUGCUGGUGCGCAGGGAACGUACAACAUCAUGGAGGUCGAUUCGUCGCGAUCAAGCGUCUCGACGUCCGGCGGAUCACCGGAACCCGCUGUCGCUGUGCCAUCACCGCCCCCCGUCGUCGUUGACGCAGCUCCGGAUGGUGGUGCAGCCGAUAAGGUGGUCGCACCGUCAGAAAGGUUAACGGACAAGAGAACGGAGGGCGGCGAAAAUGUUUCCCGGACAAAAGAACCCGCGGCUGACACACAAUCGGUGGACGCUGCCAACAAAGGAACGACCGGUGCCGCCGAGGAGCUGGUAGAGCUGAUUGAGAUGAAUGAAUCCGAAGUCACGGACGAACGGACGGCGGCGGUAGGCGAAGAUGGAAAAACGACACCCGCCGCGGAUACGUCGGCCUCGGGCGCCAAAGAGCACUCAUCAUCCGGCAGUGAUCUGCUGUUUGGGCUGAAGGACGCCGUGGAACUGAUCGAGAUCUCGGCCAACGAAGUAUCGGAGUUACUUGAGAUCAGCAGUGAGCAGGAAGCGUCGUUGGUCGCCAAUCCGGAAGGCGCCAGAGAAGAGACGGUGGACAAGGCACCCACCGCAAAGCACGAUGAUGGUGGCGGUUCCCGGAAGGGCCUUCAGGAGAAGAUGGUUGACGGCAGCGAAACGGUGACCGCUGAAGUAACACCGGUGGCUUCUGUCUCCUCGGGGGACAGUGGACACGAGCCGAGGUUGACAGAAGCCACCGAAACAAGCCGCCGAGACGAGCCGAACUGUGAUGAACCAGUGGAACGCUCCGACCACGACGUGAGAAUGGAACCGGCGGACCGUGGCUCUGGCACCUCGGCUGACCCGGUUGAGGAUGCUAGCAUGCUGCCAACGGACGACGAUUUGGUGGUGGCAACGGCGGACGACGAUCCGCUGUCUUCAGCGAAGAACGACCCGAGACGGCCAGAUGAUGAUGACGGUGGUGGCAAAGGAAUGGACAACAGCGACGACUAUGAGAUGGACCAGUACGAUUACGGCGACGAAGACCAGAUGAAAGACGGCGUAGAAGAGGACGAGAACGAGGUACUGAUACUGUUUCCGACGGAAGAAGCGGAAAGCAACGCCGAGGGUAUCGAUCCCAAGCGUAUCGAAGAAGAUCCAAAGCCCUCCGCUCUAAUCUACGGGCCGUUUGCGGAUGAACACCCACGUAAGUCGAACCGUCUAAUCUUGGACGACCCCAUCCCAGACACGGACGUGCUGCUCGACAAUGCAGAAGACGAACCGGCGGACAAGCGGCUCCAGAAAGACCGGUUGACAGCGGCCCCACCUGGAAGACCGGUUGAUGGCCUAGAAAACGGCGGGAACCAGAAGAAUGAGCAAAUCGGUUUAUUUGAGGACAAUUAGAGUUGUCUGUCUGCCUGGGGCACAAACAUAUGGGCCCCCCCGCCGUAUCGGAGGUGUGUGCCUGGCGGAGUCUCUUCAGCUGUACAUAAAAUAGAUCAUAAGUGAGGUUAAACUAUUUAUAUGUGUAACGUACGUGUGUA